AUGCCAAGAGAAGGUCGCAAACCAUACACAGGGUUUGGAAGGAAACUCGUCGUCGCCCUCGACGUUGGGACGACCUUUAGUGGGAUCUCGUACUGCAUCUUGGACCCUGGACAAGUUCCUGAGAUCAAGGCAGUGACGAGGUUCCCAGCUGCAGAGAACUCAGAGACUAUGAGCGAGGCCUCAAAGAUCCCCACCAUCCUGUACUACGAUGCGGAAGGUAAUGUUAAGGCUGUGGGAGCUGAGACAACCGAAGAGGGCAUAUUCGAGAGGGCAAUGGACGAAGGGUGGACAAAGGUCGAAUGGUUCAAGCUUCACAUCCGUCCCCAGUCAGAAACCUCGAACGACGUGAAGAGCAGACUCCCGCCACUGCCUCAAGGGAAGACCGUCGUGCAAGUCCUCGCUGACUUCCUUCGCUACCUCCGGCGGUGUGCAAAGAGGUUUAUCCAGGACACGCAUAUUGGCGGUGAAGAUCUAUGGAGGACUUUGGAGCCUUAUAUGCACUAUGUGAUUACACAUCCCAAUGGAUGGGAGGGGUACCAGCAGAGCCAGAUCCGAAAGGCUGUGGUACAAGCCCGCCUAAUCGCGGAUCGGCCAUCUGGACACGAUAGGGUGACUUUUGUUACUGAAGGAGAGGCAAGUCUGCAUUUUGCCAUUGAGAACGGUCUGUCUUUAAUUGAGAAAGGAGAGGGGGUUAUCAUUGUGGAUGCGGGUGGAGGAACGGUCGACAUCAGUGCCUACAAGAAAGCGUCUGACCCCAAAGAACGAGAUAUGUUUGAGGAGAUUGCCAUUCCACAAUGUCAUUUCUUUGGAUCUGUUUUUGUCAGUAUCUACGCGAGGCAGUUGCUAGAAGAACUUCUCGCAGAAUCCCCCUUCAUCGAUGAUUUAGACCACAUCAUCCGCUGCUUCGACAAGUCGACAAAGAUUCGGUUCACCAGCGAUAAGCAACCACAAUACAUUCGGUUUGGGGGCACCAGGGACAAUGACGAAUCGUGCAACAUUCGGUUCGGACAGCUGAAGCUCGAGGGGUCGCAAGUUGCCACCUUCUUCGAACCGUCGAUAAAGUGCAUUACCGAAGCGUUGAAAGCUCAGAUUCGAAACUCCCAGACACAUGUUGUUCUCGUCGGCGGAUUCUCAGCGAGUAACUGGUUACACGCGAAGGUCAGCGAAGCUCUCAAACCGCUAUGGGUGACAAUAUUCCGGCCUCAGAACUACGUCAACAAGGCUGUUUCUGACGGCUCUGUUGCCUUCCACCUCGACCGAAUGGUGACAGUCCGCAUUGCCAAAUAUACAUAUGGCACAACUACUAUGGAUGGUUCAAAACGCGUCCCUAAAUGCUUUUCCAUCUGCGUGAGCAAGAAUACUCCCGUCAAUGAGAACCAAGAAUUUGUAGACGCCGUCGAUUACCUUUUUGACAGCGAGACACCGUCGGAUACGCGCGUAAACCUGGUGCUGUAUCGCUACACCGGAGAAGACACCAAUCCUAAAUGGCGAGACGUUGACCCAGACAAGUACGAUAAAUUAUGUCGCCUGGAAGCGGACGUCUCCCACUUGCCUCGUGUUCUGAUCCCGAAGAAGAAUGGGAAGAGUGGGACGUAUUGGAUGAUUAAAGCAAGGAUGGUCUUGUCUUUUGGAACGCAGGAACUUCGUGCCCAGGUUGCUUGGAAAGAAGCUAAUGGAACUGAGAAGAGGUCCCCAGUCACGAUUGUAUAUGAGCCCAACAAUGUAUAG